AUGUUUGUCGGCACCAACUCGAACCGGGUUAUCCCCCCGGAUAACUCCCUUACCAUGGCCUCUGUUAUGGCCCAUGGUUUUGAGAGGUUGCUUGCAAAGGGCAAGCUCAGUUCUAGGCGAAAACAAAAAAUACCAUUGAGAUCGCCCGUUUUUGGCUCUUUUCCCGACAGCAGCGCCUCAUCAUCCUCUUCGGAAUCGGCUUUCGCACUUGCAGACGAACAGAGCCUUUUCCCAGAACCGUCCUUCAUUCGACCAACUACCUCCAGGAUGCUUGCCAGAGACGAAAAGUCGCCGUCGUGCAAGCGUUUGAACGAUACCCUCGAUGCGAAAAGGUCGCCGAGGUCUUCGCGCCGUUUCUCGGCUUCAGAGUCGCACAGCAGUGGUGCUAGCAGCAUCCGCAGUAGCGUGCGGAGCAGCACCCGCAGCUCAACGCCAAGGAUACCCCGGCGCUCCUCGUCACUGGUUGCUCAACAACGCGAGGAGCACCCGUCUCUCGCAUCUCUGCUGCAUUAUGAGUUCACCGAGGGUGAAAGCAAGAACGCCAAACGUUCACUCAACACUCUCUGCGCGCCAGUGUCCCACAUAGAUCCAGCACCUAUGGCACAGCUUGAGAAGUUCCCAAGCCUCGAUGAUAACCCCCCUACUCCGCCACCAAAGGACGAUUAUCGCCUUCACUUCAGCCAAGCCGGUAACAAACCUGCAUCCCCAAGAAUUCUUAGCCCCAGCGUAUCACACCCGCAAACUCUACAGGCUGCUGCGCAACGGAGACUGCGACCAUCUCUAAGCUCACGGUCAGCACCGGAUCUUGCUGCUCGGAGCGCAAGCCAGCAAGAUCAAACAGAAUCGGUGAUAGGAUGGCAGAGGCUCGCCAACCUACGCAUCGACACUACCAAAUCAGUGAGGACAUUCCACAACCGAUCCCUGUCUUCUGAUAUUGUCCUGCAGGAGCCUGCCGUUGGUGAUUUUCUUGGUCUUAGCGAUGACGACAUAGCCGAGGAAAGACCACCCACACCUCCUGCUUCGUCGAUUCAGUCCGCUGUCGCCAGGAAGACCCCCGGUUCAGAGAGUGAAACUACACAACAGCCAGUUGUCGCGCCCAAAUCGCCAAUUCGAUCGCCCCGAAAGUUGAGCGUGGAUUGUGAACCAGCCUCCCCUCCGCCUUUGGCGCCAGCACCAACGCCCCUUUCCGUAAAGCGAAUUUCGGCUCACCUGUCGAUGGGUACAACUGAAGAUCGAGCGGCUGCGAUGGCCGCUUUUGAGGUGGCUCGAAUCGCAUCACGAUACAGCUUCGAUCUCAUCUACAUCAUCGACAUGUGGCCCAAGCACAUGCUCCGAAGAAAACCCUCGUCUGCGAUGGCACGUGAUCCUUUCGGUACAUCUACCUUGGCUUCGCCACGGAGGUCUGGCUCUAUCCGCACCAGCAAACACACUCGAACACCCUCAACCCAUUCAUCUACCUUUUCCGAAGCCCACAAUGAUACCAACUCAGACCGGGUGUAUGAGAACACUGGUCUCGACUAUCGAUUUCUUGCUGCCUACGGUCUUCACACUGUCAAGCCGCCGCUAGAGAUCGCCUAUAGCGUUCACUCAAAGAUUUUGAAGCAUGAUGGGUGGAUCGAAUAUCGACAGUCGGAGCGAAACGAUAAUGAAUUCGCACGUGGCUAUGCCUGUUCCUUCUACACUGGUUGUGCGCCUACAGAAAACUACCACAGCAGGAAUUCCUCUCUUGCAAGCACAAGCGAGGCGUCAAUAGCCGAAGAGUCUGUCGCCACGUCGCCACGACUUGACAAAGGAAAGUCUGCCACGAGGUCACGCAGCGCAACAAACCGAUCCGCCCACAACCGUGGCAUUGUAUUUGCUGCCUAUCGUAAGCGACAGCUUGAUGGAGAAGCACCUGGUCUCAGCCGCGAAGAUCUCAAGGGCAUGCAACUCGAUGCAGAGACGCUAGUUAACAUGAUAGUUGACUGUCACAAGGUCAAGCGGAGGACUGAGCAACAGAUGAAGACAGACUCCCGUCAGCGUCGUCCUUCUGCGGCCAUGCAAAACCCUGCGGAGACUGCUCGCACCGUGAAUGAUGCCCGCGCUGAGCAUUAA